UCCUGUGAACCAAAUGCUAAAGUAACACGCGUGGUUCAAAGACACAAUGUGAUGACACGGUAACUUUUUCAAAUCGUUAGAGGGGCUAGCCGACAUAUCCUGCUUUUGAAAAGAACCAUAAACGUACGAAGAACUCCAUUGCAUUGUUACAGUUCUUGAAGCCUAGAUCGCAUAAUCAUGAGGACACGUUCAGCGGUAUUGUUCUUGUUGGUUAUAACAAACGUCAUUGGGAGAUCUCACGAAGCAGAAGAAGAAAAGCCACUAACAGACUACACGAAGUCGAUGGAAGAAGCUUUAAAUCUGUCUCGGAAGAUAAACGAAGCCUUGACGGCGCACGACAAAAAGUUGCGACCGAACGCUGGAGGUCCGCCUGUUAUGGUCGACGUGGAGUUCAAGAUCAUUUCCAUUGGAGAAAUUAAAGAGGCUAGCAUGGAAUACACGAUGGAUAUUUUCUUCCGUCAAUGGUGGAAUGAUCCAAGGCUAGCGCAUAAUUUCAGCACGCCUUUUAACAUGGCAGGAGACGCGACCAAGAUGAUAUGGACACCAGACACAUUUUUUUGGAAUGUAAAAGCUGCAAAGUAUCACAGAGUGACGCGAGAAAACAUGAGAAUAAAAAUACAUGGCGAUGGCAAGGUUUACUUCAGCACAAGGAUUACAUUUACCGCACAGUGUGACAUGAACCUUCGCUUGUACCCAAUGGACAUUCAAACUUGUCCUUUAAUCAUUGAGAGCUAUGCACAUACCACUGCUGAUGUGGAUUAUCGAUGGAAAGGAGGAAAGUCUCAAGGAGUUGAGAUCGUUUCUAAAGAAAUGGCGCAGUUUGACUUUGUUGGCGCAAAGACCACAACCAAGGCAAACACUAAUAGUAAAGGGUCUUUUGCCAGUCUUCGUGCAUUCUUCACGUUCAAGCGUCGUGUGUCGUAUUUCAUCACGGCGACCUACAUGCCUGCUGUAGUCCUUGUCAUUCUGAGCUGGUGUUGCUUUUGGAUCAACCGCUCUGCCGUGCCUGCCCGAGUCACUCUCUCCAUAACAACCAUUCUAACCACAAUACUAUUGUAUGGAGCUGUCAACUCAAACAUGCCAAAGGUCAGCUACAGUAAAGCUAUUGAUUACUUCCUCAUGACGUCUCUGGGUUUUAUCUUCAUGUCACUUCUGGAAUACAUCCUAGUUCUUAACACGGAUCCGCGAUUCUGGACUGAAAGACGGAGAGAGCAAAAAUCCGAAAAAAUGAAAUCACUAUACAAGGAGAUUCCAGCAGAGACUCUGGUCACGUUAAUGGACAGCAAGAAUACAUCAAAUGACCUUCCCAAGGAAAGCACAGAGAUGACUCCUCUAAAUGGACCCACUAAAGAGGUCGAAAAGGAGCCGCCCAAACCACCAGCACCUAUCAAGUCUCAUUGGAUUGAUCGUGUUGCUCGAGCCAUCUUCCCUUUAGUUUAUUUUUCAUUUAUAGCAUUCUACUGGGUAUACUACAUUAAUCAUCCCGAGUCCGCUCUUGGUGCGGUUACUGAAUGAAAACAAUUCCUUCGGAAGUGAUAAAUUGAGGCUAAUUUUCUUUUAGUGGAAGUUCUUUCCACUUAGAAGGAACUUGACUGCUUAUCGACGUGCAAAAAAUCUGAAGUAAGCGAUCUGACUACUGUUGAUUAAUUUUAAGAAAAUCAUGACAGCAUGAUUCAUUAUUUUAGCUUAAAAGUAAGUAACACUAAUACCACUUCACAAUUGAAGCCUGCGAAUCGGGUUGGAAAAAGGAACCAGUUGUCUAAAUAAGCUGAAUAUGUGUGUUCAGACUGGGGUGACACAAAAGUGUCCAAACGAUAAACUUAAUGAUAGAGAAUUGACAUAAAUUACUAAUUAAUAUUAUAGACUAAUCGUUUAGUCUAAUUACAGGUAUCAGAAAUACGAUACAGUGUGGAUCAAUGGGAUCGAUCGAAGAGUAAGAUGCCGUUUACAAUGUUAUUCUCUAUUUCUUGUUAAAGGUAUAACAUAGCAGGAUAAUUCCUAAAGUGAUUCAACAAAAUAAACAUGCAAAACAAAUAGCAAUGUCAAAAGAUAAACUGGCCGUUUGUUCAGACUGAAUUAGACUUAAAGGCAAGUCCAAAAUAUAUUUAUACAUAUACAAGAGACAAUCAAAUAAUCGGCUCCUGAAAUAUCGUAUUUGGCGGUUAAGGAUGACGUAAUUCUAAGUCGCACAGUUCAUUAGAUAUUAUUGAAGAAUAUACAUAGCUGUUAUGUAACGUUUAUCCUCAUCUAAAGCGUGUUUUGGCAAGGGGGACUAAGACGAGCACAUGCUGCGUUCAGUACAUAAAUACGGUGAGGCAUUGGUUAGUGAAGUUGGAUACUAAAGCCAGUUGUCAUUUAUUUUAUAUGAAACAAGCAAAAUAAAUCAGGUGUAUAAAAUGUAAGGCAUAAUGCCGAAAGGAAUUAAUCAACUUAUCAAAGAUAAAAGAAAAUGGUAGAAGCCCAAACACUGAAAACAAGACAACUGCACGUAUUUUCUAACGAUUAACUAAAGGUUGAUUGUUUUUUAAUUCAAGUAAAUAAAUUAGCCGCAACUGAUAUGUUUAGCAGAGUUUCCCUUUCUUUGCUCCUACUGGAAUAGUAUUAUAUCAUUUUUUGUGUUUUAUAAUAUAUCUGGCGCGCAAUAUUCCAAACGAAAAAAAUUAAUCGAGCAACUGGAAGAAGAGAAUUCAUGCACGUAGGAAUAUGCGCUUAAUUAAGAACAUGUCUUCGCAGACUGAUAUGUUAUAAUUACACGCAAUUCAAUCAGAUAGAGACUCUUUUGGCUGAUAAACAAGUUAGAAGUAGUGUAUACUGAUUUAGGGUUAUAAGUUGUUGGUAUAGCAUUUAGAAUACAUUUUAACCCUCUAAGCCGUGUAAACAAACAAACAAACAAACAAACAAACAAACGAACAAACAAACAAACGAACAACUUAAAGAUGAUCCGCAACACAAUAUAACUAAUGGCUAUGGAGGUUUUCUACACAUAGCUGCAACAACGCUGCAAGCAUUAAAAACGAAUGAAUGAAAUAAAGCCGGUCCCAUGGAGACAGAGAGAGUGGCUUAUAUAUAUAUGAAUAAAAGAAAAAAUCAUGAUAGGUGUCAAAUUAGUACAAAAAAUAUAAGCGCUAAUAUUAUUGUAAUAUUAAUUAAAUGCAUUGCGAUGUGUUUUUGGGUGAAAUAUCUGACUAUAAGUAGAAAUAGGCCAAUUUCGAUACAUUAAAAUUGUAACUAUGUUUGUGAUGAGAGAUAAAUAACUCAUUUCUAUUGAUUUAUUCCCUUAAGCCCCGGAGCCAAAUCAGAAUUUUAAUAUAUCAAAAUUGGCCUUCUAUCAUUUAAUUUACACAAAUGUACUAUUUGCCCGAAGUCUCAUUUAUUUCACUUAAUCAUCUGUAACUAAGUUUGACCCUGACAGCUAUAGUCUCACUGUUAAACUUAUGUACAUCAUAUCCAAAGGAGCAAUUGCUUGAGCUGAAAAUAAUGAAUGUUAUUAAUAUUAUUAGCCACUGUGCAAAAAUGAUGGUAACUUGUUAGUGGUUUCCUUGUGGUCAAUUUAAUACCACGAAAGGAUAAAUUAUUCGGCAAUUAUAUUGCCAUAACAUUAAUUGCAGUAAUAUAAAAAUGGCCGUUGUUUCACUUUCUUAAGUUAUAAUAAGGUUAAAAAUUAACGUCUUUUGCUUUGCCUUACGAGGUAAAUCACUUAUUUGUACAGCCUUUAUAUAAAUGCCUGCUAAUAAAAGCAUAAAAACAUGAA